GUCUCGCCCGAUCGCGCGCAGAAUAUGACCAGCGGCGACAGCGCGCCCGUUCCCCACCCCGAUGCAGUGCUACACUGAGCUGGCGCCGCCGACGGCCGUCAGCCACGCCAUCCACCUGCCCUUCCUCACGCCCAAGUCCAACAAUCUCGUCGUCGCAAAGAACUCGCUGCUCCAGAUCUUCGAUCUCAAGUCUACCGUGACCGAGGUGCCAUCCGGCGAUGAUGCUGGCGCAGAGCAUGUGUCCCCAAUGCUGGACACGGAGGCUGCAGACGUGCCUCUGCAGCGCACAGAGAACACGGCGAAGCUGGUGCUGAUCGGCGAAUUCCCUCUUUCCGGCACAGUCAUAUCACUCGCGCGGAUAAAGGCGCUGAAUACCAAGUCGAGGGCGGAGGCAUUGCUGGUGGCUUUCCGGGACGCGAAGCUGAGCUUGGUGCAAUGGGACCCGGAGACAUACAACCUCGAUACAAUAUCAAUACACUACUAUGAGAACCCAGACUUGCCCGGUAUUGCGCCUUGGUCAGCUGAGCUCAAAGACACGUAUAAUUUCUUGACGGCAGACCCCAGCAGCAGAUGCGCCGCCCUCAAGUUCGGCCUCCAUAACCUCGCCAUCCUCCCGUUCAGGCAGCGCGACCUGGUGGAGGAUGACUAUGAGCGGGAGCUUGACGGGCCCAGAGAUGAGAAAAUGGAGAACGCCGAGGGUACAAAUGGCGAGCCAGCCAAGAAAACACCAUAUUCGUCUUCGUUUGUGCUGCCCCUCACGCACCUCGAUCCAACCUUGACCCACCCCGUCCACCUGGCUUUCCUGCACGAGUACCGCGAGCCCACCUUCGGCAUAGUCGCAUCCUCUCGAACUCCCGCACCCUCAUUGCUCGCCGAACGGAAAGAUAUUCUCACCUACACCGUCUUCACGCUCGACCUAGAGCAGAAGGCUUCCACCACCCUCCUCUCCGUACAAGGACUGCCAUAUGAUAUAACGCGAGUGGUGCCACUCCCGCUGCCCAUUGGAGGAGCUUUAUUGGUUGGCGGCAAUGAAAUCAUCCACGUCGAUCAGGCCGGGAAGACCAAUGGGGUGGCUGUCAAUGAGUUCGCAAAGGCUUGCACAUCCUUUCUGCUGAGCGACCAGUCAGACCUCGCUCUCCAUCUGGAAGGUUGCGCUGUUGAGCCUUUGUCACAAGAGACUGGCGACAUCCUCAUCGUGCUGAAUGAUGGCAAACUCCUUACCUUGACCUUCGCCAUGGAUGGUCGCACCGUGUCCGGCGUGUCCAUUCAGCCUGUCGCUGGGGAUCAUGGGGGGCACGUGCUGAGCACUCGAGCCUCAUGUAUGAGCAAUCUGGGCCGCGGCAGACUCUUCAUCGGGAGUGAGGACGGUGAAUCCGUGCUCCUGGGCUGGACGAGCACAUCCAGUGCGUUGGGGAGGAAGCAAUCACGAGCCGACAUAACAGCGGAUGACAUGUCUGCGGACGAAGAAGAGGAGGAUAUCGACGAUCUGGACGAUGACCUCUACAACGAUACCGCGACCACGGUAAAGAAGGUUACAGCCGUGGCUGCCGAACCUACCGCUCCUGGCACCUACACUUUUCGAAUACACGACGUUCUGCCGAGCAUAGCUCCUAUCAGAGACGUUGUACUACGCCCCGACAUCGCAUCACAAUAUCCCACAACAGGUGAGAUCAUGAUCUCUAGCGGUCGAGGGGCUGCCGGGGCUAUCAUUGCUCUGAACCGCGAACUGCAUCCGACCAGACUAGCGCAAUCCACUUUAGCAUCUGCAAGAGGCCUUUGGGCUGUGCACGCUAGAAAGCAAGCUCCCACUGGUGUGGUCGCCGAUUUCGGCAAGGAUACCGAGGCCAAUCUUGCCUCGGACGUCGAUUACGAUCAGUAUCUAGUGGUCUGCAAGGCGGAUCCCGAUGGCAGUGAGAGUACUAUUGUCUAUAAGGUCAACGGUCACGAACUUACUGAAACAACUAAGGGAGACUUUGAACGAGAAGAAGGCUCCACAAUGAGCGUUGGCGUGCUAGCUUGGGGAACCAAGGUCGUCCAGAUUAUGAGAGGCGAAGUAAGGACCUACGACUCCGAACUGAACAUGGACCAAAUCAUUACGAUGGAAGACGAAGAAAGCGGCGCUGAACUUCAUAUCAUUAGCGCAAGCUUCGCCGAUCCGUACUUGCUCGUCCUGCGAGAUGACUCGAGUGUCAAAAUCUUCAAGGCGACUGGGAGUGGCGAGCUGGAAGAUGUUGAAGCAAGUGGCUUAUCCUCCACCAGAUGGCUCUCCGCAUCACUCUUCAAAUCUUCAACAUUUUCGGAAGUUUUUGCAUUUCUCCUGACACCUGAAGGUAGCCUUCAUGUCUUUGCGAUGUCGAACUUAUCAAGACCGAGCUACGUUGCGGAGGGUUUGGGCUUCCUUCCACCACUUCUUACUGCCGACUACUACGGUAGACGUAGUACAGCAAAAGCAUCCAUUACGGAAAUAUUAGCUGCUGACAUUGGUGAUUCAACUUCAAAAUCGCCCCAUCUCAUAAUUCGAACAUCGACCGAUGAUAUGGUCAUUUACAAGGCCUUCCACUACCCACCAAAGUCAUCCUCGGAAUUGUGGACUAAGAAUCUAAGAUGGACCAAGCUCUCGCAGCAGCACAUUCCAAAGUAUAGCGAGGAGCCGGCCAUGGGUGGUGCCGACGCAGGGAGAGAAAGUAGCCUUAUGGCUAUGGAUAACGUUUGCGGAUACAGUACUGUUUUCCAGCGAGGACCGUCGCCGGCUUUCAUCUUGAAAGAGUCCUCAUCUGCACCGCGCGUCAUUGGACUACACGGGAACGCAGUCAAAGGGCUAACACCAUUCCACACAUCGGCAUGCCAGAGAGGCUUUGCGUACAUUGACGUUGAAGACACACUCCGGAUAUCCCAGCUUCCUACUCAGACACACUACGGCCACCUGGGCUGGGCAGCGCGUAGGAUGCCAAUGGGUUCGGAAAUCUACGCCUUCUCUUACCAUCCAAGAGGUGUCUAUGUGCUAGGUACGGGCCAGAUGGUGGAGUAUACUCUUCCGGAUGACACUUAUCAUUACGAGUGGAAGCAAGAAGAUAUAACCUUCAAGCCUCAUAUUGAGCAUGGAAUCCUCAAGGUCAUAGAUGAAAAGACUUGGUCGGUCAUUGACACCCACGAGCUGGACCCACAAGAAGUUGUCCUCUGCAUCAAGACCCUCAACCUUGAGGUCUCGGAGAACACUCAUGAGCGCAAGCAGCUCAUCGCUGUCGGCACAUCCAUGGUCCGCGGCGAAGACCUGGCAACAAAGGGCUGCAUCCGCAUCUUCGAAGUCAUCACUGUCGUUCCCGAGCCAGAGCGGCCAGAGACGAACAGGAAGCUACGGCUUAUCGUCAAGGACGAGGUCAAGGGUGCUGUGUCGGCGAUAUCUGAAUUGGGGACGCAGGGCUUCUUGAUCAUGGCGCAGGGCCAGAAGUGCAUGGUUAGAGGGUUGAAGGAGGAUGGGACGCUGCUGCCUGUAGCGUUCAUGGAUAUGCAGUGCUAUGUCACGGUGUUGAAGACGUUGCCGCAGACCGGCAUGCUGUUGAUGGGCGACGCAUUCAAAGGCCUCUGGUUUACCGGAUAUACGGAAGAGCCAUAUAAGAUGAUGCUCUUCGGCCGGAGCAAACACCAGCUCGAAGUAAUGGGCGCCGAGUUCCUACCCUUCGAGAAGCAACUCCACAUGGUCAUCGCCGAUGCCGACAUGAACCUGCAAGUCCUGCAGUUCGAUCCUGACAAUCCCAAAUCAAUGGGUGGCCUCCGCCUCCUCCACAAAUCCACCUUCCACACCGGCCACUUCCCCGUAAUCAUGCACCUCGUACAAUCGCGCCUCUCCAUGCCCUCCGCCACCGACUUCCCCUCGGACCUUCCCAUGCCUGCGAUCGACGACCCACACCCAUCUAUACCCCAGCCUCUCCAUCAAAUCCUCCAUACCUCGCAAUCAGGUACACUUGCGCUCCUCACCCCGCUGUCCGAAUCGAGCUAUCGUCGCUUGAGCGGGCUGGCGACCUUCCUGAGCAAUACGCUAGACAGCGCUUGUGGACUGAAUCCGAAGGCGUAUAGGGCUGUAGAGGGUGAGCUGGGCGGCGGAGGUGGCACGAGAGGCAUACUGGAUGGGGCGUUGUUGAUGAGGUGGGGGGAGUUGGGGGAGCAGAGACGGAGGGAGGGACUGGGCAAGGUGGGCGGCGAUGAGUGGGUGUUUUGGGGAGAGAGAGAGGUGCUGGCGGGAUGGGGUGUGUUUGGGAAGAGGGGGUAG